AUGAAAGGACUGAGUCUACUCAGAGAAAGCAGGCGAAAAAAUCUUAUAUUCAAGAGACAUUUACAACAGAAGCAAAAACACACAAAAUGAGAAAAAUCCAGUUCUCUCUAAUAUCAAAGAGAGCCUCAAAUUGUUGCUAUGUUCCUGAGGCUCGGAGCAUUGGCUCAUUUGGCCUGAGAAGUGGCCCAGGGAAAAAAUACAGUCUCUUAAACCGCAGAUUUCAAGAGCUGUGUAUAUUUAUUUUCCCCAAGGAGAAGAGAAUCCCUCUGCCCCAAGUCUUCUGAGAUCAUCCUUUUGAGAAUUCCUCCAUGCUACUAAGAGUCUCCAGCAUCCUCCACCUGUCUACCACCGAGCAUGGGCCUAUAUUUGAAGCCUUAGAUCUCUCCAGCACAGUCAGCACCAGGAGCCCAUGAAGAAGAUGGCUCCUGCCAUGGAAUCCCCUACUCUACUGUGUGUAGCCUUACUGUUCUUCGCUCCAGAUGGCGUGUUAGCAGUCCCUCAGAAACCUAUGGUCUCCUUGAACCCUCCAUGGAAUAGAAUAUUUAAAGGAGAGAAUGUGACUUUUACAUGUAAUGGGAACAAUUUCUUUGAAGUCAAUUCCACGAAAUGGUUCCACAAUGGCAGCCUUUCAGAAGAGACAAAUUCAAGUUUGAAUAUUGUGAAUGCCAAAUUUGAGGACAGUGGAGAAUACAAAUGUCAGCACCAACAAGUUAAGGAGAGUGAACCUGUGUACCUGGAAGUCUUCAGUGAUUGGCUGCUCCUUCAGGCCUCUGCUGAGGUGGUGAUGGAGGGUCAGCCCCUCUUCCUCAGGUGCCAUGGUUGGAGGAACUGGGAUGUGUACAAGGUGAUCUAUUACAAGGAUGGUGAAGCUCUCAAGUACUGGUAUGAGAACCACAACAUCUCCAUUACAAAUGCCACAGUUGAAGACAGUGGAACCUACUACUGUACGGGCAAAGUGUGGCAGCUGGACUAUGAGUCUGAGCCCCUCAACAUUACUGUCAUAAAAGCUCAGCAUGAGAAGUACUGGCUACAAUUUUUUAUCCCAUUGUUGGUGGCGAUUCUGUUUGCUGUGGACACAGGAUUAUUUAUCUCGACUCAGCAGCAGGUCACGUUUCUCUUGAAGAUUAAGAGAACCAGGAAAGGCUUCAAACUUCUGAACCCACAUCCUAAGCCAAACCCCAAAAACAACUGAUAUAAUUACUCAAGAAAUAUUUGCAACAUUAGUUUUUUUCCAGCAUCAGCAAUUGCUACUCAAUUGUCAAACACAGCUUGCAAUAUACAUAGAAACGUCUGUGCUCAAGGAUUUAUAGAAAUGCUUCAUUAAACUGAGUGAAACUGGUUAAGUGGCAUGUAAUAGUAAGCGCUCAAUUAACAUUGGUUGAAUAAAUGAGAGAAUGAAUAGAUUCAUUUAUUAGCAUUUGUAAAAGAGACGUUCAAUUUCAAUAAAAUAAAUAUAAAACCA